CUUUAAAUCUUGGGUAUGCCUAGGCAUACAGGGGCAUACCCCUGGCGCCGCCACCGGAACUCAUACGAGGUGGUGACUGAGUGUCGAAAGAAUGAACCUGAGAGGCCAUCCUUGGCUGCCGCGGAGAAACCCUACCAGGCCCCUUUUGCUAGGGUGACAUCGCUGGAGAAUGCUUCAGACUACAGUCCAUUGCCUGUGCAAGAAUCAGAAUCGCUUGUGCCUGCAGAUAACAUUAAGGCUCGAGUACCUGAGCCUGUGCACUCUUCACUUGACGGCAAUGAGGUAAAUGAAAAACCUCGAAGCAAAGAGCCAAAAGGAUUUAGGAAACUUUUAAAAUUUGGCAGGAAAAACCACGCUUCUGCUUUGACAGAGGGUGCAGUGGAUUCUGAUGCAUCAUCAGUUGAUGAAUCCCCAGCGGGAGAUGGUAUGUAGUCUGUCUGUUGACACUAACUU